AUGGGAAUGAGCCCACCAGGUCACCCACCCUUAAGUGGACCUGCGUCAGGCCCUCAGCCAUCACCAAUGGCCUCACCUACUGUCAUGCCUCUCCGUUACCCACCGCCACCGCCUCCACCACCACCUCCUCCAAUGCCGUUUGUUGGUUUCACCUUUACUUUGGACGAACUGGAUAUGGUCCUACCCUUCCUCAGCACCCGUAAAUCGACGGCAAUACCAGAACGACUGUCGUUAAUGACGAUUGGCUGGGUGGCCGCUUACGGAUCACAACAAGACGUUAAGCAAGCUUCCGUACUUGUUGGGGUGAGGAUCAGAGGCAAACAAGCCGAUGCCACUCGUAUUCCUUUCAGGUUCACCAUUCGUUAUCAGAAGAAAUUCCUUUUUUGUUUGGAAAGUUUUCUUUUCUUUUUAACGUUUUCCUACUAUUUAUCUAUUCUACUUAACGUCUCUCUUUCUGUCCAGUCUUUUUCUUUCUUACUUUCGAGUUUUUCUUUCUUUCUUCUGAAUUUUUUACUCUCUUUUGAACUUAUAAAUUUCUUUCUUUCUUUCUUUCUUUCUUUCUUUCUUUCUUUCUUUCUUUCUUUCUUUCUUUCUUUCUAG